GGCUCAAGACGUACUUGACGCCGUUGUGCCACAAGCUGCUCGACCAGCUGGGGCACCAGUACAACCCAGUUGUGCAGCCUGGAGUGUUGGCCGACAUGCCGAAGGAGGUUGUCGACCUCGUCGGUCAGAAGGACGGCGACUGGGUCGCCGCCAUGGCGGAGUUCGGGAGCAUGGCUUGCAAGCUGACGCAGGACAUCACCGCAGCUGACCCUGGUGGGUACGAGCGUCGGCGCCAGCUUCUCAUUCAACGGAUUGGGGCUGCGGACACUCCGCAGGCGCUGAACGAUCUCUUCUGCGACACGUCCCUGUUCAAGGUGGCCCCGAAGACCUUGGAGGACUCAGCGGCGCUGCUGGCAUCCGAGAAGGAAAUGAUCCGCGUGCAGGCCCUGGCGCACUUCAACGAGGACAGCUUGUGCUUAAAUGACUGGGGCAAGGAGAACAAGGUCGCCUUCAAGGCGGACAUGCAGAUGGCGAACAUCGCGCAGAGCUUCAAACAGAUG